AUUAUAAUUUGUGUCACUAAAAUCACUGAACGGAUCUUAUGAUCUAAAAUAAAGUUUCUUUUACAUGGUUUUGUCAACAUAUUUAACAUUAUUUAUUUAAUAUUUACACAUUAGUAUUUACUCUAAGGUCUCUAAGUAUAUAACGGUAUGUGUAAGGUGCAUAUGAUUUGAAGUAUUUUAAAUUUGUAUGGCACAACUAGUAAUUCAGAAUAUUUUAGUACUAUUUAAUUUUUGUUUUAAUAUUAAUUGAAUUUAUUGUUAAUAAUCUUAAUUUAUUUUGUAAUUAUAUUUGGAAUUAAUUAAAAUAUUUAAUUUUGUAUUAAAAUGAAUCCUUGUACAAUUCCUGAGAUUCCUAUUGAUAUACAAGGAGACAACAGAUGGAUGAGCCAGCACGAACGUCAUGUAUCUGAAGCAAAAGAACGUGAACCUGAUGUUAUUAUGAUUGGAGACUCUAUUAUUCAGAAAUUACAGUCAAGUCCUAUAUGGAAUGAUUUAUUUGAACCUCUCCAUUGUUUAAAUUUUGGUAUUGGUGGUGAUCUUACUCAAGGAGUAUUAUGGAGAAUUCAAAAUGGAAUUCUUGAUAAUAUUAAACCUAAAGCGUGUGUUCUUCAUGUUGGUACAAACAAUUUUGGUAAUACUCCUGAUGAAAUAUCGGAAGGUAUUUUAACCAUUAUCAAUGAAAUUAAAUCCAAGCUGCCUGAGUGCUAUAUCAUCUUGUUGGAUUUAUUACCUCGUGGUGCAAGGCCAAAUCCAUUACGUGUUCGUAAUUCUAAAGUUAAUGAAAUUAUACAUGAAAAAGUAAAGUCAAUUUCUCGGUUAGAAGUAAUUACUGUCAAUACAGGUCUGUUGCAAUCAGAUGAUACAUUGAGUGCUCAAGAUAUGCUUGAUUACCUACAUCCAACUGACACAUGUUAUCGUAAAAUAUUUGAACCUGUACAUGAAUUGCUCUUACAAAUUCUUGGAGAAGCCAAAGAUCUUGACAAAGAAUUAGUUGAAACUCAGUAAAUCUGAUUUUGUAUUCGCACAAAGAAAGCAAAAGCAUUUUGUAUUGUGAUUCUUUAAUUUCAUAUUUUCUAAUUAUUUAUAAUUUUCAUAAUUUCAUGGGGCUUUAAUAUUUUCAAAUUUUG